AUGUCUACCUUAAACGUUUUCAGAUACUCUGCUUUAAUUGCUGGUGUUGCAUAUGGUUUUACCCACGACCUUUCCUUAAAGGCAGCCCAUGCUAAGAAGAAGGAAGAGGAGGAAUACCAGAGAAAGAUCAAGUUGAUUGCUGAAGCAAAGGAACAGUACAAGUUAGCACAUCCUCCAAAGAAGGACGAAUCUGCAAGCUUUGAUUUAGAGAACCCAAACUUGGACUUUGCUAAGGCUAUUGAAUCUGCUAUUGCAUCUUUAGAUAACUAA